AUGUAAGGGUUCUUAGUAGAAGGUAAGGAAAUCAGUAAAGAUUAUUCUUAUGAUUGGGUUUAAGGCAAAGCUGAAUUGGUAACUAUUGAAAAAGGGAUUUCUGUUUUACACUUCAGUUAAGAAUUAUUAAAAAGAGAUUUAGAAAUGGAAUUCAGAGUAAUUGUUUAGUUUCUAUUUAGUUAUUACGUAGAUUAACAGAAACUUAAUAUCAUAAUGACAAUUUAUUUGACUUUCAUCCUGAUGUUCAGAGACUAAAUCGAUAUAAUAACAUCAUCCCAUGUAUAUUAAAUUAGUACUAAAUUAGUCAAGCAUUCAAUUGUCAAAUUAAAGAGCGAGGGGGAUGAAGAAGAAAAUUUAAAGGAAUCCUAUAUUAAUGCUAAUUUUAUCAAUGUAAUUGAAUAGUUUUAGUAACAUAGUUGAUAAAUGGAAAGGAGAGGAUGAUUGUGGCAACGUAGGGUCCUUUGCUCUCAACAUUUGGUCACUUUUGGAAGAUGAUUGUCUAGGAAAACAUGAGUAUGAUAGUCAUGUUGUGCAAUUUAAAAGAGAACCAAAGAGUUAGUAAAUUUAGGGUAUUUAGGCAUAAUGCGAAUAAUAUUGGCCGAAGAGUGUUGGUGAAACUAUGAUUUGUGGGAAUGUUCAAGUGAACUUACAAAGUCAAGAUGAUCUUGGCAAUAAUAUAACUAAACGAAUAUUGAAACUUAAUCAGGAAGGAGAGGAGAGGAAUGUUAUUCAAAUACAAUGGUGUGGAUGGCCUGACUAAGGAGUUCCUUCUCCAAGUGAUUUUGAUGUGAUCAAGGAGUUAUUAAAUAUUAUUAAUGAAAAAUUGUUAGCAGAUCAAAAAGUAGUUUUUCAUUGCAGGUAUUAGGUUUAUAUAAAUGUAGUGCUGGAGUUGGAAGAACUGGAACCUUGAUUGCAUUAUCGAACUUAAUGAUCCUACUUAGAGCAUACAAACAACACAUUGGAGAUGAUCAUUCGAGUAAUUAAUCACCUUUAAUUUAAGAAUUGGAAGAAAAUCCAGAACUUUACAGAAUUUCCAUUUUCGGAAUGGUUCGUAGAUUGAGAGAACAAAGAUGGGGAAUGGUUCAUACUUCAGAAUAAUAUUCAUAUAUAUAUAAAUUUAUUGAUGAAGCUAUAAGAUAUUUGUUUAACAAUUGA